AUGGAAUAAUCAAUUGUCUCCUCUAAGAGCUAAAUUCAGCAGGCAAAGCUGCGACUCACAAAGACAGAAAAUCAAGUAUACUUGGAGUUGUUUCAGUAAUAUGCAGAGCCUCAUGAAGCUAAGCCAGACAAAGUAAGCUCUCAGAGUUUAAUGCAAAUUUAGAUGAUAGUUAAGUAGCAAUAAGUAAAGGUCUUAUUUGAUUAGUCUGGGUUGCCAAGUAGAAUAUUGAUGAAGGUAUAUGAUAUGGCUAGUGAUCCAACUAAGGACUAUCUAGAUAAAGCUUAAUUUAUGAAAGCACUCAAACUGAUAGCUAUUUAUCAGUAGCAUAAAUCAUUUGAUAAGGUUGAUGAGUUAAUUGGUUCAUCAAAAGUCUCACUAGUUAAAUUUUAGAAUUAAAACAGCAAAUAAUCUGACAACUCGUUGUUAUCAGCGUCCUUAAACUCCUAAGCAUUAAUGCAACUUGAAAAUGAGUGUAAAGUACAAUAAGAAAAAAAGAGUGAUCUCUCAAUGCAAAAAUCAUAGCAGCAGAAAUAAAUGCAUUACGAGGAAAAUAAAUUGGAGAAUGUGAGUUUAAAUGAGCCAUAUUAAAGCUAAUAAAUUAUGCAGCAGUUUAAAUUUCAAGAAUUCAAAGCAGACAUUUAGUAACACCUUGCCGUUCACGAAGAUAAAAAUUAUAUCAUGAAGUAUGAAGAAGGUGAGGAUGAAAUUGAAAGAUAAUAAAUGCCCACUUUCAAUCAUCAAACGCUUAAUCUUAAUAUGAGGAGUAACAGUUAUGAUGAUGAUUUGGUUGUAACAAUUUUGGAGAGCUAGCAAAUAUCUUCUGGAUACUUUGGAAUGUCCUCAUACACGCAGUAUAAAAUCUAGACCACAUCUAAACUUGCAAACUAUGAUAUGAAUAAAAUCUAUGAAGUGUUAAGAAGAUUUAGUGACUUUGAAUGGUUGUAUUAAAUCUUGGUAGACAAUCCAACGUACAAAGGCUUAAUGAUUGCUCCACUACCUUAAAAGAAGUAUAUGGGCAACUUAGACAAUACAUUUAUAGAGAAGCGAAGACUCGAAUUAGAAAAUUUCUUGAAAUUAAUAGCUACACACUCUACUCUCAAGAUGGACUAGCACCUUAAAGCAUUCUUGACAUUACCAAGUGAGGAAUUUUUGAACUAUCAGAGUAACCCGAGUAAAUUUGAAAAAGUAAUGGGCUUGCUUUAGGUGCUGCCUAGUAUAUAGAAUUUAAGCUUGGAAUCAAUUACAGAUGCUGUUUAGACUUCUUAUGUUUCAGUUAAAAACGAUUAUACUCUGCUGAAUGAGCCAAAGGAAUUGCAGUUUGAAAAGGGCGAUUAAAAUAUCAAAGAGGAGGAAACACAAAAUAAUCAUCUGAUUGUGUCAAAGACUGCAAAGUACCUAAGGAAAUAAAAGGAUGCUUAGAUUAAAGAAGCAAAAGCCCUUAAAACCAUUGGGGAGCUAUUUCAAAAAAUUCACAACUUAGACAAUACCAUGAUUAAUCUUAGAGAUCAUAAAAUUACUAAUUAGCCUAACAUUUAAUUCAAAACAGAUGUAUAUAGGGACUUGAAUGAUGAAGACGAUGAUCAAUAGGAAUAAACUGCAGUUUUAAACACCAAUCAUAUUAAUAUUUAGGAAGACUACGAUCAUCUCAAUAUUAUCAGAUCGGACACUCAGAUUUACAGAUUGUUUAAAGAGUUCUCACAAAUAUCUGAGACCCAAAAUCAAAAUGUAUAGUGUGAGGCCUACGCUAGAGAAAAGUCUAGCCAACUUUAGGGAAUUCUAAACGCCUUUCUUGAACGAAAGAAUAGCAUCAGAGGUUUUCUUAAGAAAGUUGACAUUAGGAGUAUCAAACAAUAAAAGCAAUCUGCUCUUCAAAAUCCAAAUAUGCGAUUUGAACUGAACAAUGAGAUUGCCUAACUUAACAGAGAGAUUGCAGAUCUAAAGAAAAACAUUCUUUCUUAGAAUUAAAAUAUCCAAAAAGAGAUAGAACUUUUAGACAGUACAAGGCAACAUCAGAUGCGAAAACUCAUUUAACACUACGCUCUCAAUACAAAUAAAAAAUAUUAAGAGACUCAUUCCUAUCUUGCAUAGAUCACAUAAUCUCUUCCCUGGCUAGACCAAGCUAAAAAUCUAGUGAUGUUUAGAGCCAGGUCUUGGUCUGAUAGUAAAAAGAAAUGA